CGACGGUGCAGUCCUUGGCAGAAUUCCUAAGUAUCUUCAAAAGUAUUACAUUCGCAACACUUGUCGGGAAUGUCAUCAAUUUGUGUCACUUAUGCAAAUCCGAAAUUCCCACAAAACGGGUUUAACAAUUUGUCAAAAAAUGUACGCAAAUGCCGGAAUGAAACACAAAGUGGCAAACACUAUAUAAUAUAGGCGGUUUGCUAUUUUCAGGCUUUUUGAAAGUUGGCUAGUGAAAGUUGUAUUGAACUCUGUGCGUCUCUUUCGAAAUCUCCAACACAAUCCAAGCGAUUGCACGUAGCAUGAAUACUGAACAGCACGUGAGCCGGACGGUAGCCACAUUUCUUGCAAGAAUACACAAGUGAUUCCAAGUGAUUCCAAUUCGACUUCGACUCCACGCUGCAUAUAUGCCCUAUAAGUGGGGGCCAAGCCUUUCGGGGGAAAUGCGAUGGCAGUUAUAAAUACUUGCACACACGUCCGUCGUCCACCUGAUAUUUUCUUUGCAACAAUGUAUUCGGCCACAAAUUUAUAAAGCGACGGACGGCAAGAAAAACGUUUAUUGUACUUUUAGGAACCGCUUAACUCAUAUCUCAACGCGAUCGAAAAAUGCGUACCGCAUACCUUGUCGUUCUCAUAUGCACUUCCUGCAUCUGCGUUUGUGCUGGAGAUAGCUAUUCCGGGGAUAUCCAGAACUCGAACUCAUUGGAUUUCGGUGUGUGAACCAUGAAAAGGAUACAAAGAGAUCCUCAAGUGCUGCAAAAAAGCCAUCUCUCAAAACUAAGCAACGACAGUGGGGGCUACAGCUACAGCUCCCCACCCAGCAACAGCUACCUACCUCCAGCCACUCCUGCUCCGGAGUACCUGCCUCCGCCGAACAAUGGAUACCAGUACAAUCCGCCGCCAAACAACAACUACCUGCCACCGCCCAACAACAACUAUCUGCCUCCUCCGCCGGAAUAUGGACCGCCAGCUGGCUAUCCAUCCUAUGGACCACCACCUCCUCCCUUUUAUAAGCCAGCUCCAUUCAUUCCCUACCAGUCGCACGAAUCCAUUCUGGAGAAGCUAAAGUCCAAGAUCAACUUGUAUACGCUCGGAAAGAUAUUGCUCAAACUGUUGAUAUUCAAGAAAAUCGUCAAGUUCAUCGGGUUGAUUUUCCUGCUCUUGGUGCUGCCGAAGCUGAAAAACAUUUUCAAGGAUGAUAUGAUGUCUGGAUCGGGUGAGAGCGAUGGAAUGGAAAGCAAACUUGUAGAAACCGAUAAGGAUAAAGUAGCGCAACAAAUUGAAGACCUCUACGAUUUUGUAAUAAAUUCUAUAGAAAAUUUUGAAGGAAGAAGUUCGUAGACCAAUACCAAAAUUAGUUAUAAAUGCAUUGUUACAAAUUGUAUUACACUUGAUUAUUUAUUUGUUAAAAUCUUAUGAAUAAAAGUAUUUCGUAUUGUACUCUUGUGCUUGUCUCUCAAAUUGAUUUGAACUGGGGACUUAUCAUUAACUCAGCACAAUUAGGUUUUUAAGCGAUUC